AUGCGGUCACUAAAUUCGAAUCCAGUUGACUCUCCCUCAAAUCACUUCUCUGCUACUGCUAAUGCGAGAAGGCGGAUUUCAACCGGUUGUUGCCAGAAAGCGCAGCGUGCACUCGCGACUAUCGACCCUAGUCGCGCUUUCCAGCCGUCGGGUGCGCGCUACGCGUCAUGUGCGCUUCGAGUAUCGAUCCACCGAGAAAAUUGUGCCUACGAUUUGGCUCACCGAACAAACAAUAAUGAUGAUGAUGAUGAUGAUGAUGAUGAUGAUGAUGAUGAUGAUGAUGAUGAUGAUGAUGAUGAUGAUGAUGAUGAUGAUGAUGAUGAUGAUGAUGAUGAUGAUGAUGAUGAUGAUGAUGAUGAUGAUGAUGAUGAUGAUGAUGAUGAUGAUGAUGAUGAUGAUGAUGAUGAUGAUGAUGAUGAUGAUGAUGAUGAUGAUGAUGAUGAUGAUGAUGAUGAUGAUGAUGAUGAUGAUGAUGAUGAUGAUGAUGAUGAUGAUGAUGAUGAUGAUGAUGAUGAUGAUGAUGAUGAUGAUGAUGAUGAUGAUGAUGAUGAUGAUGAUGAUGAUGAUGAUGAUGAUGAUGAUGAUGAUGAUGAUGAUGAUGAUGAUGAUGAUGAUGAUGAUGAUGAUGAUGAUGAUGAUGAUGAUGAUGAUGAUGAUGAUGAUGAUGAUGAUGAUGAUGAUGAUGAUGAUGAUGAUGAUGAUGAUGAUGAUGAUGAUGAUGAUGAUGAUGAUGAUGAUGAUGAUGAUGAUGAUGAUGAUGAUGAUGAUGAUGAUGAUGAUGAUGAUGAUGAUGAUGAUGAUGAUGAUGAUGAUGAUGAUGAUGAUGAUGAUGAUGAUGAUGAUGAUGAUGAUGAUGAUGAUGAUGAUGAUGAUGAUGAUGAUGAUGUGAUUGUUUAUCCCGCACGAGCCACUGACAUAUGUUUCCAUGGGCUGGUCAUUAUUAUGGACCCGAGAAUAACGCCCUCUGUUGACUCUUGUAGUCCCAAUCCUCGGUGCCAAUUCGUCAUUGGCCAAUUUCCCGCAGAACGCUGCUCACUUUUUACCUAA